AUUAACACCAACAACCAAACUCAGGCUUUGGUUCUUUCAUUAAAUAUGGUCUAGCUAAUUCAACAACCUAGUAUUUAUAGAGCUGCAAAUGUAUGCCAUCUUCCAUAACUCAUAUACUGAAAUUUGUUUGGUAUUUGCUUGCCAUGGCACUUCAUUCAUCGAUCACUACACUCUUCUUCCUGUUGGCUCUUGCCAGGAUUCAGCUCUCAACAUGCCAAGUUCUGAACGGCAAAAUCUCCUGCCUUGGCUGCAGUCGUGGUUAUGACUUCUCAGGCAUUAAGGUAGCAGUGAAGUGUGCUCAAGUGAAAAAAUUAGCCACAUCAACCACAGAAGAAAAUGGUUCUUUCAAGGUUGAGCUUCCGAAAGACACCUCAAAGACUCCAACGCCUCUGAACUGUCUUGCCAAGCUCCUUGGUGGUCCGAACCAGCUCUAUGCUUGGAAGAAAAACCUGGUAUCAAAGGUUGUCAAGGCCCAUGAACUAAACUCCUACACGAUCUCCACUCCACUUGCCUUCUCAACUUCAUGCCCUUUGGCUUCCAAAGAUGCUAAAUGCGGAGCUCCAAACGAGAAUGGUUCAUCUAAGACUGUUGAUCUGCCACUACCCCCAGAGUGGGGACUUGCCCCAUCUAGCUAUUAUGUUCCUUUCAUCCCCAUCAUCGGUAUCCCUUGAGCAUCUCAGUGCUUUACAGUUUGCUCUUUAUGUAAUAAUUAAUAUCAUAAGUUAGGUGUUGCAAGAUUUUAAGUAAUUUCUGUUAAUCAUGUGUAUUAUGAGUGGAGGGAUGGCUGUAGUCUUUGUUUGCAAUACAAAUUAUUGCGGUUUCAAUAAUUCUUGAAGCAUUUCAUUUUACCUUUUUGCUCCUUAAAUAUAGGACAUGCCCAAGGGUCCAAGCUCAAACAUGUUAUAAAGAUGUGAAAUGGUCCCAUGGCCCAUGGCAAGUUGCAUUUCUCUUUUUGGAAUUGUGAGAUCAAACAGUCAAGAGAUUAAUUCAGGGCACAAACAUAUCAGAAAGAAAAGUACGUGGACAUCAGAGAACAAGAACCUUCGA